CCUUUUUUACCUUUCUAGUAAAAUUUGAAAGUAAUGUUAUUUGUGUAAUGUGAUCUUCACCAACUGUGCUAUCCAAAGUGAUUCAAGCUAGUUACUAAAAGCUUGAUCUUAACCUUUAGAAAUUAAGAUAAAGAGUCCAGUCCUCUGUCCUUCACAAUUCUUUUGUCUUCUUCCAAGAUUUGAUUUUAGCAAUACCUGCUCCAUGUGUUCCCAAGUGACAGAAGCAGUCAGUAGUUGAGAAGUGGUUGGCCAGCUACUUAGUGUUGUUCUGAGCUGAUUAUUUUCACUCUGAAAUAGCUCUACCAUGUGAAGUUUAGGCUGCCUGUUGGCUGAUGGCUGGUGGUAGUUUUUUUGUCUUAGUAAAUCUUUUUAGGUAAUGAACUGAGGGGUAAAGAGAGUGCAUGGCAAGUCUGCUGUCACAUGCAAAUGCUUAGAGAUGUGACUAAUUGUUUUUCUGGAGCUUGGUGUACUUAUUUUGGAUGGUAGCACAAGACCCCAAAGCGUUUGUUAAGUGUAUCUUCUAACUUUUAUGCAGCUCAUUAAUGUGACUGGCAAGAAACUCGUUUUGGUCGUUAGUAUUUUUGUGGCUUUUUGGCACACCUUCUUUAAUUCUUAAAUUGGUUUCUUUUGGAGCUUUUAAAAAAAAAAAAAUUAAAAAUUCUCUUAUAAGAUGGAGGAUGAAACAAAUCAGUAAUCUGUUGUAAAAACACCUAAAAUAAGCUUUUCACUUUAAUCAUGUUCCUUAAGUAAAAAGUGUUUGGAAAUGAUUAAACCAUGACUUUUAGUGUUUAGUCCUUGGCUGGUUUUGCAGUGAAAAAUGCAAAGUUAAGUGCUUCAAAGUUUUUGGUGGGUUUUUUUCCCCCUCUAUAAAAAUAUGCAAAAGUUAGGUACAACUUAAUCAUGUUAAGUAGAUCUGUUUUGUAACAACUCUGGAAUCAGUGGCGUUCUUUGAAGGGAGAGUAUCUCUUAUUUGCAAGUAGCUUAGUGGUGCAGUGUCUUCAGAGUCUGAGUGGGGCUGGUGCUGUAAUUCAUUUGCAUCUAAAGCAGCUUUAUUGCUAUUCUUGCUGUAAGAUAAUGAUUCUCUGCUCUCUGGCAGAUUUGGCUGUGGCUUGGGGCAGGAGUGUCAUUACACCUCAAGUCUGAGCAUUCUGCAUCAGCAGCUCUGUGGGGCUUUGCUUUGGGUUUUCUUGGUCAGUGUAAAUGUGGGCACGUGUCACUGUUUUGUGGGAGCCCCCACAAAGUGUUUGGGCUGUGGGGAGGGGUGGAGGCAAUGUUGUCCUGCCUCAGAUUUCCACAUUAGGGAGAGUGUUUGACUGGAGCCUACAAGAAGGAAGGCACAUGGCUGCACAAAAGGUGUUUCCUUUAGUCAGGGAUAGCUCCCACUCUGACAGUUCAGCUCUUCCCUUUGUGUUUUGUGUGCUGAUCUUUUGUACUGACCAAAUUCAUACUCUGAAGGUACUGCUGGUUUUUUAAUUUGCCAUAUUAAAGCUAAGUAUUUAAUGCCAGCAGACUUGAAAAAAAUACUUAGAAUUCUAAAAUUAUAGCAAGUCUUGAAAUCUGAAGGCUUCGGUGAGGACUGAAAGUCCUUGUACCUAAAGGCACAAGGUGCAAAGUGAAUGUCAUUUGCCUGAUGCUUGAAAACCAUCUCACUGAUGUAGCUGUGCUCCUUAGUGUGUGUGUGUAUGCAAUGGAAUCCUUGGCAGUGUAUGCCCCUCCUAGGAAUGGUGUAGGCUGAGAACACAAGACUUGUGGAUUUAAUAUUUUUAAAAAAAAAAAAAAGGAAGCAAAUUAGUAAAUUUAAACCAUCUGUAGCAUGCAAGUCAGGCAAGGACAGAAUAAUUGUUGUGUGUUAUGUAUUAAGAGAGCAGAGAUGGGCUCGUGGGCACAGUGGUGGGAUGAGUUCAGUUCUCUAUCUGUGAGAUAGUUAUUAUUGGGCAGUGUGGGUUUUUAAUGUCAAUAGAUGCAACACUCAGAUAUUUUAAGUCCUGAAGCUUUCAAUACCUAAGACUUGUCAGUGUUAAACCUUUAGUGCUAAAGGGAUUGACUGAGGAGUUCAAGAAAUCCAAGGUCACUUCUUCCAGUUCUGGUAACGUCACCUUGGACAAAAAGCACCGUUUGGGAAUGCAGAGAUACCUUUUUGUUUAUUAAAGGUGAUUAACUUACACAAGACCCUUGUGAUUGAAACCUCCAACUACAUUUGGGAGAGAAAGGAGGGAGGAAUGUGAUGAUGUGGCUGACUAAGUAUCAAAGCAGAGGCAGCAGAGUUAGCUGAGGUGUGGCAGUGCACUUGAGGACUUGGCUUGGGGGGUGUGCCCUGCAUUGCCUUGUGGGGAGAGGGUGCCCUUUUGCUGCCUAACCUGCAGUGCCUCAGAGGAUGGCUGGUUCUCUGGAUCACUUCUUGUUGUCUUGCAUCCAGGGUAGUGUGUUUUAUGCUGUCACUGUUAACCUGUAUUAAACUUUCAGCUACUCCCUUUUAAAAAACAAAAUGAAAAACAUUAAAAUAAAACCAGAUUCUGUUGUUCAUGCUCAAAAGGUUCAGCCAAGUCCUUUGUCAGAAGACUGUCUAGUCUGGUAGUGGCACACCAGAGUUAAUUGCUGGAAGCUGAAGAUGAAUUAGGAAGUGGGAAUAGGUGCAAAUAAACGUAACUGCUUCAACAUACAACUAAAGGAAAAGCUGAAUUCUUCUCUAAGAUUGAAAGCCUUUUUGAAGGCAGUGUUAGACAGCAGGGGUCAUUGUAGGUAAGAGGUGACUGGAUGGAUACAUAAUGACUCAGGAUGUUCAGGCAUAUCCAGUGAUUCCUUCUGGUGUUCAGAGACUCCUGGGUUAAUGAAAUUGUUCCACCUUUACAGAUUGGUCAGUAGAGCAGACGAGGAAAAUGGUGUGGGCUUAGUCUUUUUUCUGCACCGUUCUUCCUCAGUGUCAAGAGACUGAGAAGAGGAGACAAGACCACCAUUCCUUAGGAUCCCACAGGUCCUCUAAGGAAUCUGAAGACAGUGGAUGUGUGAGGGCCUGUCAGCAAGCCUCAGUGCCCAUUCCAAGAACCUUCCAGUACUGAAGAGAAGAAAAGAGGAAAAGAAACCCACUAAAACGCCAAAAGCAGUUCUGUUGUCCAUCUCCCUCGCUGGCUUCAGCGCUGGCUGAAAGAUCAGCAGUGAAACUGCCCUCAUGCCAAGACCAUGACAUGGUCCUCUAGCUCUGGUGCAGAAUCAGUCUGUUCUCAGCCUGCUUCUGGUGAAACUUGAAGGGGAGGAAUCUGUAUCCUCAUCUCCAUCUUGGGAAGCCUUCAGUCAUUCCUUUUUCUGUGUUGGAACACAACCUUUUGGAACUGCAGAUGGGAUCUCAAGGAUUUCUAGGAUUGUUCUCGCUACUCUGCAGGUUACCAGGUACCUUGAACACCCAUGAUCCUUACUAAUCUUUUGUGGAAAUUGCAGUGUCAAAUCCUUCAAAUAUGCCAUAGUAUCUGUGUGCACAGGUACCAUUGCUUAAACCAGGCUGAGAAAGACAAGGUCAGCAGAAGAGGAGGUGAAAAUGCAUCAGCGUUUUCAGAGGGUAUUCACAGGAGGAAAAUUUAAGUCUUAGAGUACUGAGUGGUGUGGAAAGAUCUGAAAGCCCAGCUGCACUCCAGCACUGCUGCAGGUGGCCUCCACAUGCUGAACUUUGACCUCAGGCUUUCACAGGCCUGUUCCCGAGGUUUAAGUACCUUCAAGGAAGUAAAACCACCAGGACUGCUCAGACCUGAAUGCCUACACCAUGGCCUGCUCCAGCCCUUUCCAGACACAGCAGGCAUCCACCAGCACACCUCUGUUCAGAGCCUGGGGCUCUUCCCCUUUGGCCAGAAGGACCAGAAGCUCCUCUCCUGAUGCUGACUGGCUUGUCUGCCAUCUCCUCUUUCUGGGGAACGCUCCCAAAUGCUGGCAGGGUCCAGGCACAGCCACCUACCACCCUCCUGAGGGGGACUUGGCAGUCACACUGUCAUGAGUAUCCUGAGAUCCAAGAUAAGCUGUGUUGAAGAAAAGACUCAGAUAUCUUGGUAUUGCAACCAUUGUGUGGCUCUGCCCAGUAAAAAAAAACAUUUUGGUUUCCAGUUGGCAGUUUCUUGGAGACGGCCUUUUGGAAGGUGUAUUGGACAGCAAGUCCUGUUCCAAAAUAUUGAUCCCUACCUCAGUGACCCCCUGCCUUGUGGUUGCUUCUGCAGCAGUGGGACAGGGUGGGUGUCUGGAGUCCCUCUGAGCUGCUGAAAGCUCAAGCUUUUCUGGUCAUUUCUGGCUGGCGUCGCAGCCAUCGGUCCUGCAGCUCGGGAGUUUUAAGAGCAGCUCUGCUGGCUUUUUUGAGCCUCUGCUUCAAGAUGAUUGGAAUUUGGAGAUGCACUUUUCACUGCUAUAAUGGAAGUAAACCACCAAAAUAUAGGAGCCCAAAUUCAUUAGCUUUAAUUCCUGUGAUGGGUUCUGCUCAACCAAAGCUGUCCUAAAUAGAAGGGUUUGGGAGGGGUGUUUUCAGUUGUCCUUGUGUUAUCAAAGGCUUCAGUUGUGAGCUGAAACUUCUGGUUAGUUUUGGCAAUGAUCAUUAUUAGCUGUAAAUAAGUUGAAACAGCAUCAUACUACUUGUAGGAUAGGUAAGGUAUUUAGCACGUUAACUUUUGAUUGGGGCCAAAAUGUGUGUUUCAAGAUGUGAUUCUUUUCUUCCAGGUAUGUGUUUUGAUUUACUCAACUUCCAAGCUGAUGUUAAAUAGAAGUUUUCUGGCAUCUGCUUUUCUUCCUUUUUCAAAAGGGACAUUUCAGUGAGAGUAGAGAUGCUUCUUGUCCCAGUCCCUUAAUUCAAACAUGUGACUUUACAGAGUGUAUAAAUCAUUGAAGCUCCUUUAGACAUUGCUUUGAUGAAAAAUGAAGAGCAAGACAUCAAUUUGUCAUAACGAAACAAAUGAAAAUACACAGUGCUUCUAGUGAGACUCAGUCUCAUUUCACUUUUUCUUUUUUUUGGUAAUUCCACCUUACAUUUCUUU